CAACUAUACCAGUAUCUCUGCAGUUAAUUGAUUCCAAAAUUUAACGCAAUCUAGACUUAAAUAUUAUUAACAAUAAAAUGUUUUUGAAAUUUGUAUUUAUUUCAUUGCUAGUCUCUGUUAUUGUAGCGGAAUUGUGUAUGAAACAGCAAUGGAGUAAUUUCAAGAAAAAAUAUAAAAAAUCGUACUCUAAAGAAGAAGACCAUCGAAGGUACGGCAUUUUUAAAGAUACCGUCGAUUAUAUAAAUAUGAUAAACAAAGAUCAUGCUGAUGGUAAAAGUAAUUGGGAAGCGAAAUUGUACUACUAUUCCGAUUACACAGAAGAGGAAAGAGAACCGCUGGAAAAAGCUGAUAAGCUGAGAGGAAUAAUAAGAUGAUGUAAUCCUAAUGUUAUGCUAAAUAUUAUUAGAAUGUAAAGGUCUUUUUUUUUAGAAAUUUUACUUGUACAUCAUCGUAUUUUGCAAACAGAGAGCCUGAAUUAGCUGAUCAAAUUAAAUCACGUUUCUCUAUUCAUUAUUUUUGUAAAAAUUUAAUACGAAGUUCAGUGGUUAAAAUGCAAAAAGAGUGCAAGUUUUUGAAA